AUGGCAGAUCAGGCGGAGCUUGUCUUUGUCAGAAACUACAUAAAAGCCCUGGCGUCAACCCCAGUCAAGUAUCCCAACGACUACCAACAACCCCCUCAGAACUCCCUCAAGAAGGUCCCUGUCUUGCAGGUACCCCUCCCUCCUGUACCCGAGCGCAAGGCAGAGUCAUCCACCCCUGCUGCGACUUCCCUUAACAUCACAGUCAAAUCCUUAAAACCCGCCGCGUCUUUUUCGCUUUCUGUCCAGUCUACGGACACGAUAUCCGAUAUCAAGACUCAGCUCGCUACCCAGCCCCGUGCACCACCCGCCGACGCACAGCGCCUCCUCCUCAAGGGCAAAGCUCUCGCAGACACCAAGCUCCUCAAGGAAUACAGUAUCAAGGACGGCGACACAGUCAACCUAAUUCUCAAGCCAGGCUUUAGCUGGGAUCCUUCUUCGUCGAACGCUAGCUCUCCUCCAACCCUUGCUCCUUCCGCUGCCAUGCAAGCACCUUCCCAGAAGUUUCCUAGCGCCUCAACCGACGACAUUCCGAAGCUUAGUACGGGCGGUCAUAGACAUGGGCGCACGCCUUCGAUUGUCCUGUCUCCUUCGCCGUCGCAGGUGUCGCUAGACCCAGACGAGAAGAUCGCGGAUAUCAACCUCACGCUAGAUACAUCAUCCAUACCAACUGCGUCGUCUUCACCAGGGACCAAGUCGACGUACCAAACCUCUCUUGCCGAACCUGGAUUCUGGGAUCGGCUAUAUUCUUUCCUCAGGACGGAGUUUACGAACGAUGGCGAUGCGCUCCUCGCAUUCGAGGACUUCCUUCGUGCGGCCAAGGGCAACCUCACCGCUAAUGAGAUCGCCAAGAUUCGCGACCAUGUCGGCGUUGUUGGCAUGUCAGGCACCUGAAUGAUUGGGUGGGCCCGAGUUUGGGUCCGGGAUGCUAAUUUCUUUCCAAGUAGGUUUUAGUGGGUGAUUUGGUACUUAUCCUCUGUAAUAUAGCGAUCACAAACAACGUAUAGAUUAACACCGUUAUGGUUUCUGUUUGACC